AUGCCUGUUCAGAAUAACCUAAAAGAGUUGAAGGCCUGGUGUGACGUGUCCAAACCGUACCUGCCGCCGCUGUGGCAUAAGGACAUUCUUCUACGCCUGGGAGGACUGGAGCCUCGAAGAGACCCGAUCUUUAAGUUUCCUACUCAGACGCUACCGAGGGACCAGGCGGUUGGUGAUCCUGGAAAUUCGAAUACAGAGCGUCUGGUGCCGUUUCUACCGCCGCCAGCGAAGAGGGGCUCGUCGCCAGUGCCGCUUAUGGCUUCUACGCAGCUACAGAACCAGCUAGACGAGUUAUCUGACUUUAGUGACUCGGAAUCGUUGAAGUUGAUCGAUACGAGGGCGCUACCGCCGCUUAGGGCGGGAGGAACGAGUCCUAAGAAACAGAGCACGAUCGACUCGCUACAGGCCCAGGCCCAGCUGGUACAGCUGGGACUGUCGGGGUCAACUGCUCCAACGAGGCCAACUGCUCCAACGAGGCCUUCUGGACAGCCAAACACGUCUUCUAGACCGUCUAUACCGCCUAGACCGUCCCUACAACGUCAAAAUACGACCAAAACCCAUGGAGCAGAUGAAGACGUGGAAAAGCUACAGGCGUAUAUACGUGUCUGCGAGGCCAAGAUCAAUUUGCUAGUCAAAAGGCACUCGGUGAGUGAAUCCACGUCUCUUUCGCUAGACGCAAAGAACCAGUGGGUUUCAAAGAACUUUGCUACGAAAUAUGGCGCUGUUGACGCGCAGCAUACGAAGAUGAGGUCCAUGUUCACGUUUCUUGAUCCUCCUCCAGCUGAAGAAGACCUUUCGAAGAUAUCCAGCUUUUCUUCUGAAAUACCGCCUACGCCAUUGGGCAUACCGUCAAGCAUACGCAUAGAUUCGCCUGUUAUUCCGCCGUCUUCACAGCCCCAGGCUCGGCCAGCCCAAAAUAUUGAUAAUAAUGAAGUCCAGAUCCCGUUUUCUCCAGAACCUGAGCCAGCGCCUGCGGUUUCUCCAGCUCGUGAGGGGCCUACAGAAGUGCCUACUUCGCCAUUUCAGCUUUCUCCGUUUUCGCCUACUCAACGUACUCAGGCUAAUGACUUUGAACGUAAUAAGGAAGAGGCUCGCCAAAUCAUCAUGGAAAACCGCCGAAAGAAAAGAGACGGUGAACUUCCCCCUCAAAGUUUAUUUGUUGAUGAAGAUGAUAUGGAAGACGACUUUGGUGAGGAUUAUAUGGAUGGUUUAAGAUCGUCUCAGGCAGACGACCAGGAAACUGAUUUGAGUGGUUUCAUUGCAGCCGAUGAUGCUGAGUCUAUCGAUGAUACUUACAUUAGUGCUCGAGCAUCGCAAAUGGAAUCUGGACAAGAGUAUAGCGAUAUUGAAGAUAGUGCACCACGUCUGCCAGAAAGAAACGAUAUAGAAGAUGAACUUCAAAAUAUCAGAUUGUCUCAAGAUGUCGCUGAAAGAUAUGGCGUCAAGUAUGCAACUCAGAUGGCGAAAAAAGCCGCCGAGGAAAAUAUUGAAAUGGUUGACCUCAGUGACGAAGAGGAGGAAGAAGUCAACCCUAUGGACUUUACUACCCAACUUAACGAAGCUCGUGAUGAGAUUGUUGAAAUUCCAUCUGAGGACGACAUGGAGGACGAAGAUAUGGCGGCGCUUAAUGAACUUUCCUAUACGAAAGUCAAGGUGGAGCCUAACCAGGUCAUUAUUAGUGAUGAAGACUUCAGCGAUGACGACGAUGAGUUACUUCAGCUUUCAAAAUCUGUGGGUAAACUGAGCCAGACCGAAAGGAGAGUUAUCCCUGGAUCUGAGAAGUUUGCAAAUGAAGUGUAUGACAUUUUAGAAAAGACAUUCAAGCUUAAAAGUUUUCGUCCAAAUCAGCUUGAGGCCGUGUGUUCUACGUUGAAUGGAAAAGAUGUCUUCGUGUUAAUUCCUACGGGAGGUGGUAAGUCGCUUUGUUACCAGCUUCCUGCUCUCGUUAAAGGUGGAAGAACAAAAGGGACAACACUUGUCAUUUCUCCGUUGAUUUCGUUGAUGCAAGAUCAGGUUCAGCACUUGAUGGAUAAGAAUAUUCGUGCUGGCAUGAUCAGUUCGAAGGGAUCGAGCGCAGAAAGAAACGCCACUUUCAAGUCGUUGACUUCAGGUCAGCUCGACCUUGUUUAUUUAUCGCCAGAGAUGGUUAACAAUUCGGUAAGAGUUCAGAAAGUGCUCACAAAGCUUUAUGAGAAUGAAAUGCUUGCAAGAGUUGUUGUUGACGAAGCUCACUGUGUUAGUUCUUGGGGACACGACUUCAGGCCAGAUUACAAGGGCAUGAGUAUGUUCAAGGAACAGUAUCCUAAUGUUCCAGUUAUGGCGCUUACUGCAACUGCAAACGAAAAAGUCAGACUUGAUAUUGUCCACCAUCUUCGCAUGUCGAAUCCUGUUCUACUCAAGCAAAGUUUCAACCGUACAAAUCUAUUCUAUGAGGUCAAGAACAAGCCCUCUAAUAUUUAUGAGUGGAUCAGAGACUACAUCAUGCAAAACAGACGUGGGCAGACUGGUAUCAUCUACUGUCAUUCCAAACAGUCCUGUGAAACUACUGCUCAAAAGCUUAAUGAAUUCGGUAUCCGAGCGAUGUUCUACCAUGCUGGUAUGGAUCCAAAUGAGAGAUUUGAUGUUCAAACCAAAUGGCAACAUGAUGAGUUGCAAUUGAUCUGUGCUACUAUUGCUUUUGGUAUGGGUAUUGAUAAACCUGAUGUUCGUUUUGUUAUUCAUAUGUACAUCCCACGUUCUUUGGAGGGAUACUACCAAGAAACAGGUCGUGCUGGUAGAGAUGGCAAUGAGAGUGAAUGUAUCAUGUUUUACUCGUAUAAGGACGCUCGAAGUCUUCAGAGUUUGAUUCAAAGAGACGAUAAACUUGAAGAAGAGGCCAGGGAAUCGCAUCUCUCAAAAUUGAAGCAGGUUGUCCAGUAUUGUGAAAAUAAGUCAGAUUGCAGAAGAAAACAAGUUUUGCAUUUCUUCAAUGAAGAGUUUGAUCCAGCGAAGUGCAACAAGAAGUGUGAUAAUUGUUGCAGCGAGACCGUUGCAGUGGUGAAAGACGUCACUGAGCAUUGUCAGAAUAUCGUUAGGCUUGUCCAACAGAUCCUGCUGGAUAAAGUCACCACCAUUCAUUGUCAGGAUGUCUACAGAGGUUCAAGAGGCGGCAAGAUCUUGAAAAUGGGCCAUCAUGAGAAUGAGUACCAUGGGCUUGGAAGUGGCCUUGAUAGAGGUGCUAUUGAGAGAAUCUUCUUCCACUUGCAAAGUGAAGGGUGUCUUUUGGAAUACCAGGUAAUGAGAGGUGGAUUUGCAUCUUCUUAUGUUAAAUGUGGACCAAACGCGAGAGCAUUGUUAAAUGGCGGCAAAAGAAUCAAGCUUAGUUUUGCCCAGCCAGAGUCUGCCAAGAAGAACGACAGAGUCAAACUCGUUGCUUCUGGAAAUGGAAAUGGCCUUAAUACUUUCAGGUACCAGGAUUCGUUUGUCAGUGCUAGAGAGAUGAGAAACCAAGAACAAGAGAAGGAGAACGUCUAUCAAACCACAAAGAGCAAGAUCUCGUUGCCUCGACAAAACUUCAACGGAAUGGUUACUGCCAAUAACGAAGAUUCGGUGGAACGAGCAUUUGUUGAAUUGAGAAAUAUCAGGCAGCAGAAACUGCAAGAGCUCAGGUUUGCAAGGCCCAACUACCUCGUUGCAGACGAUGCACUCAAAGAAAUGGCCAUCAAGCUUCCAACCAACGCCAGAGACUUUGGCAAACUCGAAAGUAUCAGCAAAGACCAGGCGCCGUAUUUCCAGUAUUUCAAGAAAGCUUUGGGUACCUUGGCAAGAGAACGAAAGAAAGGUUCGUCUGAUUUCCGUUCGCAGAGCACGCAGGGAAAUAGCACAAUCAGUGAGACUACAUCACAAUACUUCCCACCUACGCAGAAGAAACGAUCUCAAUCGCAUAAAGGCCCAUCUCAAAAAAGACACAAGGGUAGCAACAAGAACGGAGCAAGAAGCCAAGGCGGGAAGAAGGCCGGUAGAAUCCCCUCGUCGUCGUCGUCCAAGCUUGUCAAGGCUGAACCUCAGGUGGUGUCUCUACAAUUGCCCCAGCCCACGUUGGACCAACCCUCAUCUGACUCCGACUCAAAGUCAGAGUCUCCAGACGACGUGGCCAUAGAACAGGCGUGUGAUUCGUGUCGGAAACGCAAGUUGAAAUGCUCCAAAGGGUACCCUAGAUGUACCAAGUGUGAACAGCAUGGGUGGUGUUGCUCGUACCUGCCACGCACCGUCAGGUCACCGUUGACCAGAAGACACUUGACUGAGGUGGAGAAUAAGUUGGAGAAAGUGAGUGAAAUGCUAAGGAUCAUGUUGCCUUCGCAUGUGAGUCUUGACCUGCUUAUGGAUAGUCCUGACUAUGUGGAGCAGUUGAUGAGCUUGAAGGCUAGUAGUGGUGGGUCUACGGCUCAGUCUACGGCGCAAUCGCCUUCAAACUCGAUAUUUUCCAAUGCUGGCAGCCGCCACGACCACGAAGACGAUUCUGUGGCUUGCGAUGCCCAGGAAACUGCCAAUUGGGAUAAGGUUCGUGUGAAGCAGGAGAUUAUUGAUGAUUUCACGUUGAACAACAUCCCCACGUCUCCGCAGCUGCAGAGGAUCCCCACGGCGCCAAUUGCCAGUGGUAGCCGAGAUCUGUGUGCAACGACCCACGGCCACUCGUUAACCAGUCCUUCGUCGGUGUUGUCGUUGAAUUCCAUUGAGAACUUUGACUACGACGAGCAUAUCGACUCAGGCGGGUUCCUGGAGCCUGAUUUCAAAAGACCGAAGCUCUCGGCGAGUGCGUUCUCGCCAGAGUACACGUCCAUAUUUAACGAAGUCAUCAGCGGCGACUUCUAG